GUCAACGAUGCCGGCGAGGACAGCUCGACUCGCGUGCGAUUAAUAACCGUGACAAGAAUCUAAGGCACAUCGGUUUUCAGCUGGCGGGGCCGAUUACCCUUUGGCUUGAUUUAUAAAACGAAAAAAAAAGCGAACCGCAAAAGCGAAGGCAAAACGAGACCGGCCGGACUAAAGCUUAUCUCUUUUCCUCUGCAACGCGUCGUGCGGGAUAAUCUCAGUGGGCGGACCUCUUUUUCCAUAACGACACCGCACCGUGUGGUAAAUCGCCCCAAAAGCUCGAUUGCAUCUGGGAGGUCGUCCCCUGGGAGCCCUGUACCUCGGCUUUUACCGACGCGGGGCGGGUGGUGAUGUUUUUGUCUUCCCGACGAAAUCGGGAUUUAGCCGUGCGAAAAUCGAGAGCCACAUCGAUGCCGAAGUCGGCAACUAAGUGGAGAUUUUGGAGGAAGUCCAAGAGGGCCGUUCUCGACGAGAACGAGCAGCAGGAGAGCAGGCGCAAGCGUUCGGCGCCACCGGUGGUCGUGACGCAGGUGAUCAGGCAGGACUACGAUCAGAUACCGGAACAGAAAAUACCGGAAGCCGUGGCCGUGGACAGAAGGAGAAUGGAGCAUCCGCUGAACAGUCGGCUGUCGCCGAAAGUCACGCCGAUCACGGACGACUACGAGAUUAGUAACCACGUGCUGGGCCUCGGGAUCAACGGCAAGGUGGUCCAGUGUUAUGACCGGAACACGAGGGAGAAAUAUGCUCUUAAAGUCUUGCAUGACUGCGCGAAGGCGCGAAGAGAAGUGGAACUUCAUUGGAGAGCGUCAAAUUGUAGGCACAUAGUCCAAGUCAAAGAUGUAUAUGAAAAUUCUUAUAGUGGAAAUAAAUGUCUACUGGUAGUCAUGGAAUGCAUGGAAGGCGGAGAGCUGUUUCAAAGGAUACAAGAUAGGCAGGACGGUGCUUUUACCGAAAGAGAGGCCGCGCAGGUGAUGUACGAAAUCUGCGUCGCGGUAAAGCAUCUUCAUGAUAUGAACAUCACUCACAGGGAUCUAAAACCUGAGAAUCUUUUAUAUUCCAAACCUGAUAGUACUGGAAUUUUAAAACUCACCGACUUUGGAUUCGCUAAGGAAACACAUUUAAAAGACACAUUACAAACACCAUGUUAUACACCUUACUAUGUCGCCCCGGAAGUUCUGGGACCAGAAAAAUAUGACAAGAGCUGUGAUAUUUGGUCACUGGGAGUAAUCAUGUACAUAUUAUUGUGCGGCUUUCCACCAUUCUAUAGCAACCAUGGACUAGCGAUCUCCCCCGGUAUGAAAAAGAGAAUCCGAUUAGGACAAUACGACUUUCCUCAUCCAGAAUGGGCGAACGUAAGUCAGGAAGCUAAGACCCUUAUCAAAGGCAUGCUGUGUAUAGAUCCAGCAGAAAGGUUGCAGAUUGAUGCUGUAAUGCGUAACAACUGGAUCUUCAAAUACAUGGAGGUACCUGCUACUCCCUUGCACACUGGACGUGUUCUGCGUGAAGGGGAGGAAAUGUGGCCUGAAGUACAAGAAGAAAUGACGCGAUCGCUAGCGACGAUGCGCGUAGAUUACGAUACGGCGUGUCUGAAGCAGCUCGAUCACACAAACAAUCCCCUAUUGAAUAAAAGAAGACGCGCGAAACAAUCCGCGAAUACGACAGUCCCUACACCCACCAGCCCUACGCCCGCCUCCUAGGAAGAGGACACUAACAGAACCAGACGAAACUGGACUUGUUUCCUGCGAAGAUGCGUCAGAUACAGCGUGAUCACAACAAGGAUCGUUUUCUGACUGCUGCAUUUCACAAAGCGAAAGAAAUUCCGGAAUAGAAUAGUAUCAAACGGCAUCUAGAUUACAUGUGUCACAUGCUUUACGCUUAUGUUAACAUCAGAUUAAUUAGAUACAAGGCCGAUUUUAUUAUAACAAAAACAUGUGCAACGAGGACAAUAUUGCCCCAACGAAAGCAAGUAAGCGAUGCCUUUUUAAUUAUUGAACCAUAUCUUUCUUUUAAAUUACAAAAUUAAAAAUGUAUACUGCUUUGUAAGAAAUCUGCUACGUUAAUUACAAAAUUGAGCAUGAAAGAACAAACAUUGUUGAUGCCAAGCAUUAAUGUUACAUGUUUGUUAUUAGCUCAAUUUCCUCAAACUUAAUAAUUCAUGUUUGAAAAUAAUGGCCUUUAGGGGCACUAAAAACGAAGGUUGAUUAAUAAAUAAUACUGCUAAAUGUGUCUUUUGCCAAAUCCUAAACAUAAAAAAAUCUACAUAACGAAACGUAAGAAAAAAGAAAACUGUUUUCCUUGUUAUUGUCGUUUAAAAAAUAUGAAAUCAUAACUUGUUAUCUCGAAAAUAGAGAAAGAUAUAUUAUACUUCCAAAAAUCCAUCAUCCUUAACAAUCGAGCCGAUUUUAGAGUCAAUACAUAGUAAACUGGCUUUUGCCAUCUUACAUUGAUUGAAUUAUACGAAAUCAAAUUACAAAGUUGUUGAGCGAAUCAUCCUUCUAUACACAUAUAUAUUCUAAAAUAGGCGUUGAUAAGUGUUUUAAUCGGGAUUAUUACAUAUAAUCUCCAUACAAAUGGUGUAAAGACUAUUUAUCCACAGGCUAUUAAAGCUAGUUGUAGGAUUAGUUGCUCAUAUACUUACCAUUUAAAAAA